AUGGGGAGGACUCUUGCCGCGGCUGCUGCCGUCAUAGUGGUGUUACUCGUGUGUUGUUCGUACGAGGUGCGUGGUGAGGAGUCGGACGACGUGAAGGAAUCCCUCGUCAAGUUCCUGGUCACGCUCGCCGGAGGCGGCGGUGUUGGCGAGGCGAGGGCGGAAGCCCUCGGGUGGAACAACUCGACCGACCCCUGCCCUGGCGCCACCGGCAAUGGCAGCGUCUCCAAGUGGGGCGAGCAGGUCGUGUGCUUCAACAACGGCGACCCCAACGCCGGCAAGAUCAAGUACAUCGAUCUCCAGUCGCAGAACCUGAACGGCACCAUCGACGCGUCGCUGCUCUGCGCCGCGCGUGCGCUCCGCCGAGUGAACCUGCAGAACAACUCGCUGACCGGCGGCCUCCCCGCGGGCAUCUCGGCCUGCUCGGGCCUCCCCUACCUGUUCCUCGACCGCAACCGGCUCACCGGCAGCCUGCCGAGCUCCCUCGGCCAGCUCAGGAGGCUCCGCGUGCUCGACGUCUCCAGGAACGACUUCUCCGGCGAGCUCCCAGACAGCCUCCGCCAGCUUCCCAACCUGGUAAGGUUCGCGGCCAACAACAACCACUUCGACGGCACCAUUCCGGACUUCAACCUCCCCAAUUACCUGAGCUUCAACGUGUCCAGCAAUAACCUCACCGGACCGAUCCCCAAGAAACUCGGAAUCAUCGACAUGUCCAGCUUCGCGGACAACGCUGCCGGCAUGUGCGGCAAGCCUCUCUUCCCCGAGUGUCCGGCAUCGCCUUCCCCCGGUAAGGAUGGGGAGAGCAAAUCAAAGAAGACGCGGAAGAUCCUCAUGUAUCUCGGGUACAUCCUCCUCGGCUCAGUCAUAGUGGGCUUCGUCGUCUACAAGCUCUGCUCCAGGAAACGGAAAAACAGGCUGGGCAAGAAGGCCCAGGAGAAGCUGGUGGUGUACGAGUUUCAGAGCAGCGGCAGCCUCCACAGGCAACUCCACGGUAUGCUGCUGCUUCUUUGCACUUCUCGUUACAACAAAAUAAUUUGCUUCAAACCACAUCGAUUCAAAAAACAAGUUCCACUACUUUGA